AUGGCUCUUUGCCGUCUGCGGUCGCGGUCACAGACUCCAAUGGCAGACCAGAUGGCGAGCGGAGAGGGAUUUGGCUUGGAUUGCGAAUUGCCGGUCCCGCUGGAUAAUCCUCGACAAUUAUUUGCACAAAUUCCACAGAUCCCUAAUUUGGAAGUCUACUUUCAAAACACAGAGGACAUUGUAAAACUAUUGCUGUCUGGAGAUCUAGACAUGGGAAUAGUGGGUUUAGACACAGUUAGUGAAUAUGGGCAGGGUAAAGAAGAUCUUAUUAUUGUUCACAAUGCUCUUGGUUAUGGGCAUUGCUACUUGUCUCUCGAAAUUCCCAAAGAACAUGAGGACUUUGAGAAGAUCAAUUCGGUGAUGGAGCUAUCACAAAUGCCCAAAUGGAAUGAAAAGGAACCACUCGUAGUUGCUACUUCUUUCCCCAAGCUGGGGCAGAAGUUUAUGAAAGAAAAGGGACUGAAGCAUGUGAGGUUUUUUUCUCCUAAAGGAGCAGUGGAGGUAGCACCCAAGAUGGGUACUGCUCAUGUUGUUUUGGACCUUGUAAAUACUGGAGAAACACUACGGGCAAAUAACUUGAGAGAAAUUGAUGGCGGGAUAGCGUUGGAAAGCCAGGCUGUUCUUGUGGCAAGCAGGAAGUCACUACUCUAUCGGGUCGGUGCUCUUGGCACAACUCAUGAGAUUCUUAAAAGAUUGGAGGAACAUUUAAAAGCAGUUGGCCAGUUCAAGGUGACAGGGUAUAUGAGUGGGAGUAGUUUCGAGGAAGUCGCUGAGCAAGUAUUCAGUCAAUUAACACUCUCUGGUUUGGAGGAGCCUGCCAUACAUCAAGUCUUUCACCGACGUGAUGGAGAAAUGGUUGUAGACAGCUAUGCAAUAGACAUUUGCGGUCCUAAAGAGUUGCUUGAUAGCCCUGUGCAGCAGCAGCUGAGAGCAAUGGGGGCUUGCAGAGUUCAGGUAUCUCAGAUUACUAAGAUUUACGAUCAAGUGAAUUCCAAAUGGCAGGAGCUUCGGUCCAAACUUGGGGAGGAGAAUCUGUCCAAACUCGGGCUUUAG